UUGUAAUUUGUAAACCCGGCGAACCAUUACAGACCUUUUCUCUCUCUUUCUCCCGCACAACCCUGGUGCACCUUCUUGUGCUGCAAUUGCCUCCUCCUUCACAUCAAAAACCAGAACGAGAACAAGAGCAAGAACAACAGCACCAGUGCUCUAGAACCGGUUCUACGGGCUGCGGCUCUUCUUCUUCUUCUUCUCCUGCUCCAGCUCCGAAGCCAGUACUCAACAGCGCCCUCAAGCGCUCCAAAGCCAGUACCCAGAAGAUAAAAAAAGAACCAAUAAAAGAGAGCCUAGAGUCUGAUUUGCGUAGUAGCAAGAGUUGCUCAAAACUGCAUAAAUGGAUAUUGAUUCUCAGAAUAUCAAGUCAUCGGGUGAAGAAGGCGCAUCGAUGCAAACAGACUCAAAGGACUCAUCAAACAGUCAAGGAAAUAGUAAAGAAAAAGAGGAGCUUAGUGAGUCGAUGGAUAAGCUGCAUAUUGAGGGAUCAUCAUCUGGGCAGGCAGGGACUUCAUCACCCAACUUCCGGAGAAAACCAGUUAUUAUUAUUGUUGUAGGAAUGGCUGGGAGCGGAAAAACGACUUUUCUUCAUCGGCUGGUCUGCCACACGCAGGCUUCAAACAUUCGGGGUUAUGUGAUGAACCUUGACCCUGCUGUGAUGACCCUCCCAUAUGGCGCCAACAUUGAUAUAAGGGACACUGUGAAGUACAAGGAAGUGAUGAAGCAAUUCAAUCUUGGACCUAAUGGUGGAAUUUUGACAUCGCUUAACUUGUUUGCUACAAGGUUUGAUGAGGUUAUUUCUAUGAUUGAGAAGCGAGCAGAUACACUUGAUUAUGUUCUUGUGGAUACUCCUGGUCAGAUUGAAAUAUUCACGUGGUCUGCUUCUGGUGCCAUCAUUACAGAAGCUUUUGCUUCAACCUUCCCUACUGUUAUCGCUUAUGUAGUCGAUACACCUCGUGCAUCAAGUCCAGUUACAUUCAUGAGCAAUAUGCUAUAUGCUUGUAGUAUACUUUACAAGACACGGUUGCCUCUUGUGCUGGCAUUCAACAAGACUGAUGUGGCUCAACAUCAAUUUGCCUUGGAGUGGAUGGAAGAUUUUGAGGCAUUUCAGGCAGCUGUAAGUUCAGAUCAGUCUUACACAUCCACUUUAACUCAGAGCCUUUCCCUUGUGCUGGACGAGUUCUACAAGAAUUUACGGUCUGUUGGAGUCUCUGCUGUUUCUGGUGCUGGAAUGGUGGCCUUCUUCAAGGCCAUUGAAGCAAGUUCUGAGGAAUACAUGGAAACCUAUAAGGCUGAACUUGACAAGAGACGGGCGGAGAAGCUACGGUUGGAGGAAGAGCGCAAGAAGGAAAACCUUAAUAAAUUUCGGAAGGAUAGGGAGGGCGCGGAGAAAGCUGCUGUCUUGAGCACUGGCCUGAAGGACAAAGGAGUCGGGAGUAAAACGACCAUGAUGGAUGAGGAAGGUGGAGAGAUAGAAGAGGAAGAUGAUAAUGAUGACGACGACGAUGACCAUGGGGGAUUUUCUGAAGAUGAAGAUUUUAUAGAUGAGGAUGAAGAUGAAGAGGUUUCCAAAUUCUCCUUUUAGUAUGCCACCUAUGCUGGCGCCAUUUUCUUGAAACACAUUUUUGUAUAGGACCUUCACUAGUAACUAAACCCACUGACCUAAAAUUUUGCAUUUUGUUUUGAUGUACUUUGGAUGUCUUUGAUCAUUCUUCUUCUUUUUUCAAAAUUCUUACUCGCUUCUUCUGGAAUA